AUGUUUCUUAAAAAAAUUGCUAAAAAAGAACUUAAUCUUCUUUUUUCUUCUCAACUUGAUAAUCUUCUUCGUCUUCAUAAUUCUCCUUCUUCAACAUCUAACUCGUUUUGGUAUAGAACAUCAAAUAUUGUUAGACCUCAUCCAUAUGCUGAUUCACUUCCAAUUGAAUACGAUAAUAAUAAUGAAGUUAUUCCUGAAGUAACCAUUGAUGAACUUAUAAAUAUUGUUUUAGCUAAAAAGAAAAAAAAAUCUCUUGAUACUCAUGAUACUUCGAAUUAUAUGUUUAAUUUCCUUGAUCUUAAUUAG